AUGGAAAGAAACGACAAUUACAAAAUAUACUGCUACAAAUUUGACAAACAAAGAUCUGCCGAAGAUUAUCUUCAAAAGAAAAUCAAAAUUGAGAACAAAAUUUUGAACGAGAACUAUGAUGAUGCUACCUCUGUCUCUACUACUACUACUUCUUUUAGAGUUAUUGCAGACGAUAUCUCUUCUACGGCUUCUAAAGGAGCCAUAUCAUCCGUACAAACCACAGCGCAAGUGAGCUACAUUUUCAAGAAGUAUUGGAAGUACCUACCUCUUCGAGAAAGAGUAUUUACUAUUUUAUACAUUUUCCUCUUAAUAAACGUGUUUUCCCAAUACACAUUUGUUUAUAGGACAGAAAAGAAUAUAGUUUCUGAUAGAUUAGAAAAUGUAACUCAGACAAUUUCGAGACUUCUAGAAGGCUACGAUAUUCGUCUACGACCAAAUUUUGGAGGUGACCCUUUAUACGUAGGUAUGGACCUGACGAUAGCCAGUUUCGACGCUAUAUCUGAAGUUAACAUGGACUACACGAUCACCUUAUAUCUGAACCAGUACUGGAAGGACGAAAGGCUGGCCUUCAGCAAUAACGAGGAAAUCCUCACACUUUCUGGAGACUUUGCGGAGAAGAUUUGGGUGCCAGACACAUUUUUUGCUAACGACAAAAACAGUUUCCUGCACGACGUAACGGAACGAAACAAAUUAGUGCGACUAAAUGGAGAUGGUUCUAUUACGUACGGAAUGCGUUUCACCACUACGCUCGCUUGUAUGAUGGAUCUCCAUUACUACCCUUUGGAUUCGCAGAACUGUACCGUGGAAAUUGAAAGCUAUGGCUACACCGUGAUGGAUGUGCUAAUGUACUGGAAGGCCACCCCCGUGAGCGGUGUGGAAGAGGCAGAAUUGCCCCAGUUCACCAUCAUCGGCUACGAGACGAAUGAUAGGAAGGAGAAGUUGGCCACUGGGAUCUACCAGAGGCUGUCGUUGUCGUUCAAACUCCAAAGGAACAUAGGCUAUUUCGUGUUCCAGACGUAUCUGCCCAGCAUCCUCAUCGUCAUGUUGUCUUGGGUGUCGUUUUGGAUCAAUCAUGAAGCUACUAGUGCCAGGGUUGCACUUGGAAUUACGACUGUCCUUACUAUGACAACCAUCAGCACUGGAGUGAGAAGUUCAUUACCCAGGAUAAGCUACGUCAAAGCCAUUGAUAUAUACCUGGUGAUGUGCUUUGUUUUUGUAUUUGCCGCGCUUUUGGAGUAUGCCGCGGUAAAUUACACCUAUUGGGGGGCACGCGCUAAGAAAAAAAGCAAGAAGAACAAAGAAACCGUCGACGCUAAACACGAAGGGACCAAAUCAACUAAUGAACAACCAAUCCUCAAUAGCGAAGACAUAAUCGAACUGGAAGACGUCCGAAUGAGUCCAAUAGCUUCUAUAAGGAACAGACACAACUCAAGAAUCAACACUCUUGAUCUAGACCCAUCCAAAUUCCCUCCAAGUUUUCGCAUAUCAAGGACCUCAAACUACACUUAUAACGUUAGGGCCACUCAGGGUGUCAGAUACAGAGGAAAUAAAGCCAACCCCAUCCAUAAGCCCAAGGUCCUCCACGCCAUUAGAAAAGGAGCUCUAGUCAUAAAGGCUUCCAUGCCGAAAAUCAAAGACGUUAACGUCAUUGACAAGUAUUCAAGAAUAGUGUUCCCCGUCACAUUUUUACUAUUUAACGUGGGAUAUUGGCUGUUUUAUUUCUUCGAGUGA